AUGGUACCUGUAAACUUGGAAGAUUGUAGUAAAUGCAGAUUCUUGCCACCACUUGGACAGUUACCUGCUCUCUUAGGGCUUUUUAUAAAAGGAAUGACUCCAGUCGAAAUCGAGGGUUCUGACUUCUAUGGAGAGGGUAGCCUCGCGUUUCCACUAUUAGAGCACCUUUCAUUUCAGAAUAUGCAAGGGUGGAAGGAGUGGAUUUCUUUUGGACAACAUCAGGGAGCUAUAAAUUUUCCUUGCCUGAAAAAGCUUUCCAUCUAUGCAUGUCCCAAACUGGAGGGUAUGGUGCCAGAGAACCUUGAUUCAUUAGAAGAGUUUGUGGUUCGUGAAUGUGACCAACUGGUGGUUUCAAUUGCUAACUACAAAGAACUUUCCGUAUUAUGCAUCCGCUAUUGCAAAGGGGUUGCAUACAGAAGUGUGGCUGAUUUUCAGUUGUUAGAUUUGGAGAUAACUGGCUGUGGGAAGCUGACAUGUUCAUUGCAGAGCGAAAAUGGAAAUUUGAAAAACUUUAUGCCGCUUCGUCAUUUGACUAUUGAUGGUAACUCAGAUCUUCUUCAACUGCAUCACCUCAGCUUACUACAAGAGCUUCACAUUGAUAAGUGGCCAAGCCUAGAGUCUUUUUCAUUGUCUAGUUUGCCACCGUCUCUUAAAGAUAUAAAGAUUCGAGGCUGCGAUUCUCUUACUUGUUUUGCAAGAUAUCAGAUACCACCAAGUCUAAGAAGAAUAGAGAUAAAUAGAUGCCAAAAUAUGAAAUCAUUGGGGGAGGAUGAAGAGGUGAUAGGGGAUUCUUCAUCGUCUUAUCCUUGUUUAAUUCGGGAUGAGGAGUCCUGUCUCGAGUAUUUGAGCAUAUGGAACUGCCCAUCUUUGAUAUCUCUAUCAUCCAAAGUCAAGCUACCCAGGGCGCAUAGGCAUUCCUUUGAUAUCAAACAUUUCUCUGGAGCACAUCCACAUCUGGUAUUGCUCAAAUCUUCAAUCUUUACCAGAAGGCCUUUACCACCUCCCCAAUCUUCAGAAGUUGAGUAUAUACGGUUGUAG